UGUAUUGGCCGCUUUGCCUCCUCCAGGAUGGCACUCCUCUGGUGCCGCCCUCCCGUCCCGCCCGCAGGAGCAUCCCGCCGUCUGUCCUUGCCCUCCAUCUCCGUAGCGCGGUCACCUUCGAUCUUCCGCCUCUCUUGCUUCUCCACUUCGUCUUAUCCCAAAUUUCGGAGAGCUUACACGACGGUUCUGAUCGUCCCGACCGGCGUGGGGGCUUCCAUCGGAGGGUUCGCCGGCGACGCCUUGCCCGUGGCCCGAACCCUCGCCUCCGUUGCUGAUUGCGUCAUCUCUCAUCCCAAUGUGUUGAACGCAGCUAUGCUGUACUGGCCGAUGCCAAAUGUGCUUUACGUGGAGGGGUAUGCGCUCGAUAGGUUUGCUGAAGGAUUGUGGGCUCUCCAACCUGUCCACCAAAAUAAGAUAGGUUUGGUAUUUGAUGCUGGGAUGGAGGAGGAACUCCGAAUUUGCCAUUUACAAGUUGCGGAUGCUGCAAGAGCUUCACUAGGCUUGCCUCUCAUGGAAUACAUUGUCACAGAUUCUCCUUUGAAGGUUGAAAAAUGGAUUGAUCCCAACUGUGGGAAGUCAACAGGAAGGAUUCAGCACCCUGAUUCAUUGUUAAGAGCUGUGCACACUCUAGUUAGCCAGUCACAAGUAAAUGCAGUGGCAGUGGUGGGGCGUUUCCCAGAUGAUGACGAAGGAACAGAAGAUUACCGGCAAGGGAAGGGGAUAGAUACAUUGGCUGGAGUUGAAGCAGUCAUCAGCCAUCUUGUCGUGAAGGAGUUUCAGAUACCUUGUGCUCAUGCACCUGCAUUAUUUCCUGAUUCUCUAAGUUCUUCAGUGUCCCCAAGAUCUGCUGCUGAAGAGAUUGGUUACACCUUUCUACCCUGCGUGCUUGCUGGAUUAAGUGCAGCUCCCCAGUACGUGACAGCGGAGAACAGAUCCUACAAUGACGGUUACUUAAUAGCUGGAGAUGUUGACAGUGUAAUUCUUCCUGCUGAUGCCUGUGGCGGAGAUGGUGCUCUUGCAUUUGCAAGAGCGAAAAAUAAUAAGCCUCUGAUAGUUGCGGUUCAGGAGAACGAAACAGUGCUCAAAGAUACGCCUGAGAAGGUCGGCAUUCGAGCGACGAAAGUGCAGAACUACUGGGAAGCUAUAGGCGUGGUUGCAGCUCACAAGGCAGGUAUAAAUCCAGAAGCCCUUAGAAGGGGAGGAAUCGAUAACGUCACAGCCCAUACUCGUAAAAUAUCUUCUUCCCAAAUGCACCAUCAAGUCUAUUCAUUGUAAGAUGAUGACGUCUCGAUUCAUCGAUCGAGCCAAGUUUCAUUUCUAGUGUGGUGUUGUAAUAUUUAUGCGAGCCACAAGGAAGAGAUGGAUCAAAUCUUUGUUUUCA